GAAAAAUCCCUAAACGGACUUUUCGUUAAUUAAAAUGGUUUUCUCUUCUGGGAAGAGGCGACCAUAACAAUAAAAUUGGGGGUGCGGGUCCUGAAUGGCCGUAAAAAUAUAAACAAACAUCGAAAACGCUGGACGGUUAUCAAUAAGUGUUGAUUUAUCUCAUAACAUUCACGAACGGUUUUAUCUUGUGGUCAAUUUGACAGUUCUGUUGUUGGGUCGCUGUGCUCUCGUCUGCACGUCAAAAAAAAGUUCUCAAAAUAAUGGAUUUCGAUAUCAGCAAAGAAAACAUACAGCCCCUUAGAAGGGGGCGAAACGUGCAAAUCCUCGAAAUGGCCCUACAGGCACAGACAAAUCCAGAGUAUCAACAGCAAUUACUGCAUCAGAGACAGCAGUUUGAGUUACAAAUUCAAAAUUAUCAGGGUGAUGAUCCUCUGGAAAAUUACUAUGAGUAUAUCACAUGGAUUGAACAGAGUUAUCCCAAAAACGGCCAUGAAGGAAACUGUACUGAAUUGCUUGAACUUUGUCUGUCAAAAUUUGAAAAUGAUCCGCGUUACACAAAUGAUAGAAGGCUGUGUAAGUUGUGGAUCAAAUAUAAUGAUCUGUUUCCAAACCCAGAGGAGCUCUACCUAAUGAUGAAAUCUAGAAAUCUCUGUAUAGGCUGUGCUGAUUUCUACAAAGCCUGGGCGUAUUACUAUGAAGCAGCUGGCGAUUUUCAAAAGGCAAGCCUGGUGAUUGAGGAAGGCAAGAAGAACCUUGCCCAGCCUUAUGAGGAGCUAGAGAUCGCGCAUGAUAACUUGAUUAAGGCAGCUGGAGAGCAUAUGAUAUUUGGGCCAAACGAAAACCGUUUACAAGAAAAAAGAAACGCUUUGAUGUCACUUCACACAUAUCGCUCUGGAAGGGUUAGCAGUGUGAGAGUACCCUCGGGAGCAACUAAUGGCAUUACCAGCAUGCCGAGUCAUGUUAGGCCCAAUCAACAACUACAUAUAUAUGAAGAAGCGGCAUCUAACGCAAUAAUGGGUGGUGUAGCUCCAGAUAGUAUAAUAACUGUCGCAAAGAGGCAAGAGGGUCCUAAAGAAAAUACUAUGAAACCUGGUCCUUGGACUACUGUGCCGCACAAGAAAAGAGUUAUGGCAAAUCAUCCAUCAAGUAGUUUAGGAUUUACUGUGCAUGAGGAUGAAGAAGAUGAUUCUUCAAGAAACUUCCUGCCAGCUAAUAGACCAAAGGAAACUCUAGAGGAUUAUUCCAACUGGCAUGUGUCCUUGAUAAAAUUUCCAGAUCCGCCUAGUCCAACGCAAGUUUUUGGAUAUCCCAAGCAUAGGGUAUAUGCUGAUCCAGACACUGAGUAUUCAAUUGAAGAGUUAAGAAGUAUAAGGUAUAAGGAGGCUGUUAAUCGAAUGCCGCCAGCAGAGGUUCAGGAUGCAGUCCAGUCAAUUUUAGUAGACGAUGAUGAAGAUUGUAUUGUGGUUGUACAAGAUCCGCCGCCAAUUGAAUCUGGUGCACAAGGCCACUUUCAAAUUUAUCAGGCGUCGCCAGUAGCAAAUAAUGUAUAUCAAUCUCCCGUAAAACCGGAACCCACAUCAACGGUUAGCCUGACAAGUCCCUGGAAAUCUCAAGCGGAACAUCAGAAUUUCUUACAAAAUGUUUUUAGUAAAACUAAUGAAUCUCGCAUAAGUAACAGUAGUGUUGUAGCCAGACCAAAAUUUGAAGUAUUAGAAGAUCCCCAGCAAUCUGCUAUCUCGCGGAAGUACAAAUCAUCUCCGACGAAUGAUGUCAAACCCUCGCCUUUUGCAAUUUUUGAGUCGCCUAUGCAGGACGUACAGAUUCAGGGUCAACCAUGUGAAAUAGCGCCUAGCCCAAGACCUAAAACUAGCGCAUUUGCUAUAUUCGAACAACCAAUGCAAGAUAAUCUGUUCCAGGCUCCGGCACAAGGUAAUGCUAUGAAAACGGCAUUCAGGACGCUAAAUGCGGAUGAAGUUGAAACCGGAUCUCGUGGAGGCAUGGAUAAUGCCAUGGCUGCUCAGCCGGCCCUUAUGGCAGCCAUACCCUUCUCUGAUAAUAGUUCUUCUUCCGCCUCAGACCUGGAAGAGAUGGACAAUGCGUUGGAGACAUCCUGCACAACGCAGCAAUUUAAUUUUAAUCUUAACGAAAUGAAGGUCAGUACCCCCCAAUCUAAAAGCCAACCAGUCAACGAAUCCAAUAUGCAGGAGCUUCAAAAUGCAAGAAAAAUGUUAUUUAGCGAAACCAAAUGUCAAAAUAAAAUCCUAAGUACAAUUAUAGAAGAAAAAAGUGGUUUUGGGUCUAGCUCCAGUUCAAGCGGAGCAACUACAAAAUCUUCAGUAUUUGCGCAUCCGAAUAGAAUCAGUAUGAUUUCGGAGGAACACAAUAGUUAUUUGGAACAAAACAUGAAGGCAAAUGCGGCUUUGCGUCGAAGUCUUUUGGGAGAUUUAAUGGAAGAUGUUCUACCGCCCCACAUACCUACUACUGUAGAUACCUCUCCGCAUUCGCCAAUGCAAUCGACUCCUCUUCAAAGUCCGACGUCUAAAGUGCGGUCGCCAGUUCAGGUUCAGCCUUUAACUUACGUUCCAUCUGAUCCAUUCGACGCAAAACUGAUAUCCGAAUUAUUGGAUCGGGUGUCUUUUCCUGGGGUGCAUGCUGAUGGUUUUAUCGAAAUCAAUGGCAAUCCUAGGCUAGCUGUUAAGAAAGAGCCUACUUAUAUUGGAAGGGAUAGUUACAUAAUAUCAAAACAAUUGGGAAAAGGACAGUAUGGGACAGUUUACAAAGCAUACAGUAAGCAGACGAAUUGCACAGUAGCAUUAAAGUACCAAAAACCUCCGAAUAGCUGGGAAUUUUAUAUCUGUAGGGAGUUACAAGCUAGGCUUGCUCAUCACCCAUUACGUGAUAGAUUUAUGGAUGUUUCAGUCGGAUAUUUUAGUGAUCAAGCGUCGGUACUGGUAUCGACUUUUCAACCGUAUGGCUCUCUUUUGGAUGCUGCUAACUUAAUAAAGGAUUUCCAGUUGAAAGCGAGAGAAGUUAUUAGCAUUUAUUUUACAAUCGAAAUGCUUACGAUUGUUAAAGCGAUGCACGAGGUAAAAAUCAUACAUGCCGACAUCAAACCUGACAAUUUUAUGGUUGUCCCGAUGCCGGACAAUACCGUACGGUUGCAAUUGAUCGAUUUCGGUUGUAGUAUUGAUAUGAGUUUGUUUCCUGAUAACGCGACUUUUACUAGGCCUAUUAAUACUGAGGAUUUUAUCUGUUGUGAGGUGCGAGAUGGUCGACCAUGGAGCUAUCACACAGAUUUAUUCUGCGUAGCAGCUACGGCUCAUGUCGUCUUAUUACACGAAUACAUUAGAUUAAGGAACCACAGAGGUCUGUGGAGUAUCGACUGCCGACUACCCAGAAAUCUAAACCAAGAGCUGUGGAUUAAAUUUUUCAGCACAUCAUUGAACCAGCAAACCGGUCCGGCGGACGUGGCCACCUUAGAAUAUUUAUUUAGAGGGGAAUUGGAGAAUCGUCAGAAAGAUUUGGGCCAUAGGCUUAAGACGCUUGUAAAUAUGCUUAAAAAGAAUUAAUUAGUUCUUACUGUUCGAGAUUCUGUAUUUAUUUAAUAUUUUUACGUGUAUUAUUAACUGAAGUUAUUCAGGCUGUUUUUAAUAGUUGUUAAUUAUUAUGAUUUUAAUUAAUUUUUGACAAAAAUUAGGACGAGUUUGUUUUGCCGAAGAGGUUCUUUCUAGGGUUUUCAGCUAGUUGUUGAAAAAAAAGUAUUUGUGUAUAUGUAUGUACAAAUUUCAUUAAAAUAUAAUAGCUACAAGACGCAAUCAUAAAA